UUCAAGUACCGCUCCACCGUUCUCAAACUCCAUCUAUUCUGUCGUUUUUUUUGUUUGUUCAUCAUAUUUACCAAACAGGAGGCCGGAGGAUCAAAAUGAAGCAAAAGCUAGUCAUCAAGGUGUGCUUGAAUGGAAAGAAGUCUCGUUCCAAAGCCAUGAAGAUAGUAGUUGGUAUUUCAGGAGUGGAGUCAGCAGCUUUACAGGGUGCGGACAAGAACCAGAUAGAGGUAACCGGGGAUGGGGUGGACGCGGUUGUGCUGACGACGGCGCUGAGAAAGAACGUGGGCUAUGCGGAGCUGGUAAGCGUCACUGCAGUUGGUGAGAAGAAGCCGGAACCGAGGAAAAUCGAGGCCAAUGUUGUGCAGCCUCCCCUGAUUCGGACUCCUUGUUACCAAUACCCGCCUUGCCGAAUGAUUUAUGAAUAUUGGGAAUACCCCGACCAAGACCCCAUUUGCUCUAUUAUGUGAUUGUAAUGAAGAGGAAUUUGUGUUGCUUUUUAGAGGAAUUUGUGUUGCUUGCAGGAGAGGAGGGAAUAAUACCAGCUGAUGCUGCUUAUUUGGGAGGCAAUCUAAUUAUAUAUACAUGUACACUUUUUUUCGGCAGAACAUAAUAAAUAACAAACUUAGUCCAUGUAUUGGAUUGGCAGUUUCGAACCCUGCAGAGCUGUCCUUGUUUGUUUUGUGUACUACUAUUAAUUACGUCAACGGUCUAUUAAUCUUGUAUUAACUUUUUCAAAUUGGUAA